AUCACCACCACUCUGAUCUCCGAUCUCUGACGAGCCCGGCCAACACCGGCACUAUAAAGAGUUCAGAGAACACGGAGCCUACCAAGGCCAAAACGCCGGUUUGUUUUCUUCCUGGGAAUCAUGAGCCGCUCCGUAGAUUUCCCUUCCACUGGGACACAUGCACAUGUCGCACCGGCGAGCGGCGAGUGCCACUGUGUGCCUGUGACUCGUAGCUGAACUGAGGAAGCAAAUCUUCUCGGCCCUCGCCUCCCAAGAUAUCUUGUACCGCUCCACUUCGCUUCGCUUCUCCGGGUGCGACGUCCGUUGCUUCCAUUGGUAGUUUGCUGUCUCCCACGUCGAGCACCAUGGACGACGCCUGUGACCUCAAGGUGCGCGUCAAUGGCCGCCACACGCUCCUUCUCCACCAGAGCGUCGUGUGCGCCUUCUCUGGGCGGCUGAGGGCGAUGGCGGCGCGGGAGAAGAAGGGGAAGAUGACGAGGGUGAGGCCGGGCAGAGGAGGGGCGGAGGCGUUGAUGUCCAUCGAGCUCGACGGCUUCCCGGGAGGCGGCGAGGGGUUCGAGCUCGUGGCGCGCUUCUGCUACGGCGAUGGCCGCCUCCCGCCGCUCCGCCCCGCCGACGUCCCGCUCCUGCACUGCGCCGCGGAGUUCUUGGAGAUGACGGAGGAGGUGCGCGCCGGCAACCUCCUCGCACAGGCCGAGGCCUUCGUGGACGACGGGCUCUGCUACUGGACGUGGGCCGACCUUCUCGCCGCCGUCAAGUCCUGCGAGUCCUUUGCCGCCGACGCCUCGGGGGCGGGGCUCCAAGAGAAGCUCCUCUCCGCUCUGUUCUCCAGGAUCGACGCGGGCGCGGAGACGCCCAAGUCUAACUGCUCCACGUCGUCGACGUGCUCGUCCUCCUCGCAGGACACGGUCGGCGGCUGCCCGUCGUCCGCGGCCAAGACGCCGGAGUCGGUGAAGCCGUCGUGCCUGAGCGGCGGCCGGGAGUGGUGGUACGACGACGUGGCGUCGCUGUCCCCGCCGACCGUCGAGAAGGCCAUGAAACUGCUCGGCUGCUACGGCGCCGACAACAGGAACCUGACGCUGACGCGGUUCCUGCUGCACUACCUCCGCCGCGCCGCCACGCUCCGCAAGUCCGACGACUCGGGCGGCAGCGCCCUCGCCUGCCUGGCCGACACGGCCGUGCACGGCGUGGCGCUGGCCGGCGGCGGCACGGCGUUCUCCUGCCGCGGCCUCUUCUCGGCGCUGCGGACCGUGUCGGCAGCGGGGCUGAGCAGGGAGUGCAGGCGCAGGCUGGAGACGCUGGUGGGGCGGAUGCUGGACCAGGCCACGCUCGACGACCUCCUCGUGUCCGGCGACGGCGGCGGUGUGUACGACGUGAGCCUGGUCAUGCGGCUCGUGAGGGUGUUCGUGAGCUCCGUCGAGGAGGACGGCUCGCCGUCGUCGUCGCAGAGGAUGAGGAAGGCGGGGAGGCUGGUGGACAAGUACCUGGCGGAGAUCUCGCCGGACCAGGGGCUGCGGGUGUCCCGGUUCCUCGCCGUCGCCGAGAGCCUGCCGGACUCCGCCAGGGACUGCUAUGACGGUGUGUACAGGGCACUGGACAUCUACCUGGAGUCUCACGCAGAGCUGACUGUCGAGGAGCGCACGACGUUGUGCCGGUGCCUCAACUACGAGAAGCUGACCCUCGAGGCGUGCAAGGACCUGGCGAGGAACCGGCGGAUCCCACCGAGGAUCGCCGUGCAAGCAUUGUCCUUGCAGCGGCCACCCAAUUCGCUCCAGAGCCCCUUGUCGUCGCCUACACCGAAGCGGGUCGUGUCUGACGACGAGAAGGAGAAGGAGACGCUGAGGCUAAACCUACGGCGGAUGCAAGGCCGGGUGGCGGAGCUGGAGAUGGUGUGCAAAGAAAUGAGAGGGAAGACGAGGUUAUCGCCCCGGGCUGUGGCCAAGGGCAACAAGGUCUUGGGUGGCAGGGGCUUGCCUUGGAUGUGCUAGCCUCUUGCUCUUGCAUCUUUUCUCCCUCUUGAUCUUUUUGUACAGUUGUUUUUGCUGCGUUGAUAUUUUUGGCUUGUGCCUUGUUGAUUGCUGAUUGUGAGUGACGCGGGUUAUACUUUCUUUUCCCUAAAAUAAUGUAUAUGAGAUUUAGAAAAUGAAA